CCCUAGAUAAACAAACUUACAAGGCCGACAUAUCUAAUUACCAAGCCUUGGUUCUUCCGAAUCUUGUCCGGUGCUGUUAAUCCCUGAUGGCAAAGCGCUUGGAACAUGAGCAUUGCAAUGGUUCAUAGGGAUAUAGAGAGGGAAUGGGAGAUCAAUGUGGACUUGUUUUAUUUAUUUUAAGUGGUUGGAGUUUGUUUACUUAAAUCAUGGGAAGAUGUGGAGAAAAAAAAAAUAGAUUUCAAAAUUUAUAAUAGCUUUUGGGAGCACAUUGGAGAAAAUAAGCAUUGUGGAGCUUGUGGAGCACUGCUCUUUACUAUGGAUUGCUCUCACUUGGUUUGCUUCAUAUAUAUUUUUUUGGUCUUAUCAUCAUCUUUCCUAAAUGCUAAUGCAGUGAUGCUGAAUGGGAAGCUGUCUGAGUGGAGAUUCUUUGUCAUUAGAAAUAAACUUUGGUUCUUUAUUUAUUUGAAUCCUUGAAUUUGUAUCUGCAGUUACUUCUCUUCUUUGUUGUAACAACCUCAGCAAACAAUGAGUGGUCGAUUUUCUCGUUCCAUCUAUGUUGGUAACUUGCCCGGUGACAUUAGGGAGUCUGAGAUUGAAGAUCUCUUUUACAAGUACGGCCGCAUAGUGGAUAUCGAAUUGAAGGUUCCACCUCGUCCUCCAUGUUAUUGCUUUGUUGAGUUUGAGCAUGCUCGGGAUGCUGAAGAUGCGAUCGAUGGCCGUGAUGGGUACAACUUUGACGGCUGUCGUUUGAGGGUUGAGCUUGCCCAUGGUGGUCGAGGACAGUCAUCAGGUGAUCGUCGUGGCGGUGGUGGAUACCGUGGUGGGGGUGGUGGCUAUGGCAGCGGUGGAGGUGGAGGUGGAGGUGGUGGAUCAGCCCGGUUUGGUGUCUCACGACACUCUGAAUUCCGAGUUAUUGUACGUGGGCUCCCAUCAUCUGCUUCAUGGCAAGAUUUGAAGGAUCAUAUGCGGAAAGCUGGUGAUGUGUGCUUUGCUGAGGUCACUCGAGACAGUGAAGGAACUUAUGGUGUUGUUGACUACACCAAUUAUGAUGACAUGAAGUAUGCGAUAAGGAAACUUGAUGAUACAGAGUUCAGAAACCCCUGGGCUAGAGGCUAUAUCCGGGUUACGAAAUAUGAAAGCUCUCAGUCAAGGAGCCCAAGUAGAAGCAGGAGCCGUAGCCGAGGCCGUGGUCGCAGCCCUAGCCGCAGCGUUAGCAGAAGCAGGAGCCCAAGAAAGGAUCUGAGUAAAUCACCAAGACGAUCCCUUUCAAGAUCGGUAUCAAAAUCUAGGUCGCCUUCUCCUGACAGGAAGAAGAGUCCCCCUAGGGCAAUGUCUAGGUCCAGGUCCAGGUCUCUUUCAAAAUCUCCUGCCAAGGUUCGGGAAGGCAGUGAGUGAGUGAUUGCGCUGCGAUUCCUCCAGGGCAAAGAAGAUCGAACGGGAGAAAUCUGGAGUACUAUGCAAACUUGUAAUUUGUUCUCUAGACUACUAGUUCUGGAUACUUUUAUUUCUCUCUGCUACUACUACUUUGGUCUUAAAGCUGUUAUCUUUACCGUUUCUUUGAAAUAUUUUUGUUUUUUUUCUCUUUGUGAGUUUAAGACAGGCAUAUCUUAUCAAUCGAAACUGCAAACUUCUAAUA